AUGGCCGAAUCCAGAAAAGGCAACCUGAACGAUUCAAAAUCCAAGAAAGCGCCGUCAGUACAAACGAAAAAGGCCCCAGUUUCGACGAAGGCACAAAAACGCCCCGGAAAGAGGGAGCAGUCGGUUCACUCUGAGGCCACAACUCCUCAUCCUUGGACAGAAUUCGUGGAGUCUCAAACCCGAAAAUCAUCGUCGAUUGGACCCGAUGGCGAUCCCCAGACAUUCACCAGCGUCGGGGCUAGUGCUACGCCGGCCGCCACCGACGAGCUGGACGCGGACGAGGAGGAAGUAAGGAAUUAUGAAGAAAGCGGGUUCAGUCGCGAAGAGGAAAUCGAGAAGUUGAGAACCUCAGGUUCUAUGAGUCAAAACCCCGCCGAAAUUUCGCGAGUACGAAAUAUCUCGAGAGUCCAAUUCGGGAAGAACGACUUGUUUCCGUGGUACUUUUCCCCCUAUCCAGAAGUGUUCAGCCAGGAUGACGUCAUCUUCAUCUGCGAAUUCUGCUUGAGUUACUAUGGUGACGAGAAGGCAUUCCUGCGACAUCGCAGAAAGUGCACGCUGCAACACCCACCGGGUAAUGAAAUAUACAGAGACGACUACGUGUCCUUUUUCGAAAUCGAUGGCCGUCGUCAACGCACAUGGUGUCGGAAUCUCUGCCUACUGUCUAAAAUGUUUCUCGAUCACCAGACACUGUACUACGACGUCGACCCUUUCUUUUACGUCAUGUCGACCCGGAGCGACAAGGGCUGCCAUAUCCACCAGAGGAAGGGAUACGGAAGGUUGCUGAUUCAGUUCUCAUACGAGCUAUCCAAGAUCGAAGGCAAGCUAGGAUCACCGGAAAAGCCGCUUUCAGAUCUGGGCCUCUUGAGUUAUCGCCAGUACUGGUCCGAAAACAUACUCGAUCUGCUGCUAGGCUACAACGAGCGAGACGACAGAGUGACGAUAGAGGUGAUUUCCAAAACUCUAGCCAUGAUGACUCAGGAUGUCGAACACACCCUGCAAGCAAUGAAUAUGCAAGUCUAUCACAAGAGCGACCACAAGAUCGUCAUCCCCGACAAGCUCAUCAAGCAAAGGGAGAAACAGAAGCAGAAGCAAAAGAUCUCUCGACCCGGCCAGGAUACAGUGGAAGCCGCCAGUGUUUACAGCCUGGAGCAGGACGUGGGGCUGGUAAAGAUGCGCCGCAACGAUAUGUGUGGUGGAAGAAAAGGUGUCGCAUCGAGCUGA